AUCAAAUCCGAACUUUACUAUCAAACUAUGAACAAAGAUCAAAGCGUAGGCAUAAUGGGCAGUGGUGGGUCAUCGAGAUCAGACUUCCUCAAACGGAGCUACUAAUCGAAAACGAAUCAACGAAGCUUUCGACAAACAUCUCAAGAAAACUUCACCUUCUCUCACUUCCAAAGACAACCUUUCAACCUCCACCGCUAAAUCUGAAACCGAUAGCGAAGAAGGUUCUGACGUGAGUGGCUCUGGAGGUGGUGAUGAUGAUGAUACGUCGUGGAUCUUAUUCAUGUUUUUUAUGUUAUGUUAUGUUAUGUCUGAAGGUUCUGACGUGAGUGGCUCUAUGUUAUGUCAUAUGGUCUUAUUCAAGUUUGUUAGAUUCUUACUACGAAAGGAAUGUCUGCAAUGGUAUGAUAGAAGAGUUCUUUAUGUUAUGUUAUAUAGUCUUUGUGUUAUGUUAUAUAGUCUUUUUGAAUGACGUUGAAGCUCUCUUUGUAUUUGGAGAAGUACAAGAACUAUGAUUUUGGGAGAUGUCCUAGAGUUUUCUGCUGCGGGCAGCCUUGUCUUCCUGUUGGGCAAUCUGAUAUACCUAGGUCGAGUACGGUGAAGAUAUACUGCUCGAAAUGCGAGGAUGUUUACUACCCGCGAUCUAAAUACCAAUGCAACAUAGAUGGAGCUUACUUUGGGGCUACUUUCCCACAUUUGUUUCUGAUGGCUUAUGGGAACUUGAAACCGAAGAAGCCGACUCAAAGCUAUGUUCCUAAAAUCUUUGGCUUUAAGGUACACAAUAAGCAAUGAGAUAGAUACUCUCUCCCCUCACUAGUCCAAUGAGUUAACACAAUCUUGGGGCUCACUCAACGCUUCCUCCUGAUGGUUGGAAGAUGAGAAGAGCUUUUGACAAAAAGGUCCAACGUUGAGUUUUAUGAUUGUAAUCUUGGAAGAAACUAAGCUCAGAGCUAAUAUAGAAAAGUUGGGAGAGAAAGGAAAAGAUGGGGUCUUGUAAAUUAUUUACCUGUGGGGUUUCAAUUAAAUCAAUUACAGAUGUGGUUUUGAUUUUGCUCAAUUGUUGUGUAUAAUAACUACUGAUGAGAGAUUUGUCAUUGUUAUUUAGGUUUUCUUGUGCUCUACGCAACCAAGCCACAUAGUUAGAUUAUAAAUGUGUCAUUGGCAUGGGUUAC